UCUGAGCUAUACCCUCACCGAUUCCCCUCUGACGUCAGUUACGAUGAUGAUGGGCGAAUCUGCCCCGGUCGACCAAUCAGGAGACUCUCAUGGACACCAGCCUCUGUCGUAAUUUCAUUCAUAAAAAUACCGCAUUCUUUCACCACGCCCACUGCGACGGCGGGAGAGAGGACAAAAGUGUAAUCAAACGGCCUUGUCAAAGGCAGUCCCUGCGUGGACCAAAAUACACUGGGCCUUCUUAAAAAAUCACUGAUGAACAUUUAUAACUUGUAAACCUAUCUCAAAAUACAAAAAGCUGGCCGAAUCAAGCGUGCGAUUUGCAUGCGCCUGACCGAGUGUGACUGAGUGAGAAUGUGAGCGUGAGUCACUGCUGUCCAUGGUGCUGAAAAUCUGCUUGCUUCGUUGAUUGUGACAUGAUGGAGAUUAUGGCGCUUCCCGGCAGAUCUGGCGCGUGGGCGUCGCAGUGCUCGCGUGGCUCUGCAUUUCAAUGAAGCAGGUGGGAUUACUGACGAUUUUUUGAGGAUGAGGUGUGUGUGGGCUGCGCUCUGUGGGACUGUACUGCUAAUGCAGGUUAUUAUAACCAAUUCACAAACCUCGGAUUCAUCCACUGGGGACUGUUCUCAGUUUGACUCUUGUAAUGGCUGCAUCAACGGAGACUCGGCCCUCAACCUGACACGAUGUGUGUGGCAAAGUUGUAAUGACGGAAAUGACACAAGGUGCAUGUCUGACACUGAAGACUCUGGAGGCUGCUCUGUCUACAAUGAGACUGGCAUGUGCCAAACAGAUGGUGGAUCUGCUGAUGGUGGCGGCAAAGAUACAACCCCUGGAUCAGGCCCUGAUUUCUCUCAAGCAUCAUUUGACCUGUCCAGCUUCAUUGGAGGAAUCAUCCUGGUACUGGUGUUGCAGGCUGGGGCUUUUUUUGCCAUGCGGUUCCUAAAAACGAAAGACAGCUCUUAUGAAACUAUUGAUCAACCUCAGUGAGUCAUGAAUGAGUCAAGAAUGGGAGAGAAAAUUAUGAAACAAUACAAAGGAAAGCAGAUACUCAAAAUAAUGUAUACUGCAUUGGGGAGAACUCUGUAGACACUGUUUUUUCUUUUUGCUUGUCCUAACACCUUAUUAGCCUGUUAACUGCUUUGGUAAAAUCACAUGUUCUUGAAUGAUAAAAAAUAUUUUUGUGUACAGAAGAGAGAAAUGUGAAAAGCAAAUGAUAUAGACAUGUGGUGUAUACAGAAUUAUUCACAUUUGAGCACGGGUAUAUAAUUGUCUCUUGUGGAGUGAGUUCUUAACUGCUUAAGGUAAUUUAAAUAUCUGGUUUGGCUCUGUUUCUGUUUGUUAAUUUGAUUUGAAAGAUUGUUGAAUAUUUUGAAUAAUUGCAUGCCGUUUUAUCUGCUUUUUAUUAAAUGCUAUCUUUUGUAGAUAGUUACCUAGACUCGUGUAGCAUUGAGUUUGAAUGAAAAUUGAAGCAAUAAAGUAAUUACAUUCUG